UAUAAUACCAAAGAUGGAAACUACUCCAAAUCCGCUAGAAUACUUUAAAAAUACUCGUAAAUGGGUUCCAAAUUUCUCUAUUGAAGACCAGAUGCCAGGCCUCGAAAAGUACAGAAAUCAGCUCCUCACCAUCAUGAGCUAUAAUGUACUUGCAGAGUCCUACCUCAGCCAUGUGGAUUAUGGAGAUGUAGAAGAAAAGCACCUCAGUUGGGACUACAGACAUAAACUAAUCCAAGACGAAAUAGAAUACUUGAAUCCAGAUAUUAUCUGAAUGCAAGAGCUUGAAGAUAAGGAGCUUACUAAAGCUCUGUCUGAAAAGACAGAAAGGAGAGAAACAAUGCCAAACUACAUGUCAACAUCAAUUUAUAAAAUUGGAAAAUAAAGACUGAGUGUGUAUAUUUUGGAAAUCCGAAAAAUUCGAAUCAGUCGGAACCUGGUCUAUAGAAUUCAACAAUCCUCGAAUGACUUCGCAUCUUUAUAACAAACAACAUGUCGCAUCCUUUGUGGCUCUGAAGAUGAUCACUCAUGAGAAGAAAAGAUUGGUGAUAGUCGGAACAACUCAUUUAUUGUUCAAUAUGAACAGAGGAGAUAUCAAAUUAGCACAACUAGAUCUUGCCACACAAUCUUUAGCGAUGAUCAAAGAAAGCCUUAAGGAAAAAUACCCUGAAUAUGAAAUCUCCACUGUCUUUUGCGGGGAUUUCAACUCUAUCUCUCGAAGUGGGAUCUACCAGUACCUCUCUGAAGGGAAAUACGACUGUUCUUCGCAGAAUAGGAAUGAUAUCUCUGGCCAAAAGAUAAAAUUCUCCAAAACAGAAAAAGGUUAUAAAUCAAUAAUUCAGAAAUUACAGCCAAAUCCUUAUGCAGAGGUGCUGAAACUCCCUCAGUGGUACCUAGAGAUCACAAAUACAAAGAUAUCAGUUAGGAAGCCUGACCAGGCCAAUGUCUUUAUUGAGUUCUGGCUAAAUUGUAACCUUAAAAAGAUGAUGAGAACAGCUGCUAAUAUGGAAAAAGAGAUGUCUAGAGGUCACACCAGCAAAAAAUAAAAGAUGGCUCAAAGACCAAGCUAAAUCCAGAGAAAGCCAAGAUGCCUGGCCUGGAGUUAACCCAGAGAAUUAUUCCUCACUAGAAUAUCUUAAGAGCCACCCAGGAGGUACCGAAAAGAGGUCAGAUAAGUUUGUUCUGACCAACCAUGCAGGAAAAUUUAAAAGUGUAUAUCCUGAAGGAAUGAAACUUCUAAAGGCGGUUCUGUUUGAAGAAUCUAAGGAAAAUCCAUACUUUGAUCAACUAGAUUCCCUUGGAGUUGAUAGAGAGAAGAUCAAAGAAAAAUAUAAGAAAGGAGACACUAUUUUUGGAGCAUUCAAACCUAAUUUUGAAAAUAAGAAGGAAUUUAACCAAUACUGGCAUGGAACAACUCAGGAAUUAGCUUUCUCAUCUUAUUUUGAAAAGAAGCAACUGAUAGAUUAUAUUUUGUUCCAAGGUGAGAAGAUACAAGUCAACAGAGUAUUAGAUGUCCCUUGUAUGUAUACAGAUUUGUCUCCUUACAAAGGAUCUCCAAAUGAGUGAAUUCCUUCAGACCAUCUCCCAAUAAUGGCUGAGUUUUACAUAAGCUAGUUUAAUUUAUGCUUUAAAAGAUCGAAUCCCAUAUCAAUA